CGCAUCAGCAUAAUAUCUAAUAAAUAAUAUAAAAAAGAUUAAAACAAGGAAACUCUCCGAUUUAUUUGUUCAAUAAAUGCAACGGUCAUUUUUUACAGCUAUGGUGAACUAGUUUAAAAAAAACUAACAUCCGAACAAAAAACCCUCAUAUUCAAUACCGCAUUUUUAAUGGUUUUGACAUGUGUAAAGUGAAAGAACAGCAACUAAAUUUGUGAAUUGAUUACGUGAACAGAUUACGUGAACACUUUUGAUCAUCGCUGUCGUGGUGCAUAGCAGGGGUUGCGAUGUACCCUCUGUGGCAGAGAGGGUCUCAAGCCGACAAACCAUCGAGCGUCUCGACCGGCAAUGUUGGUCAGACGUCGUCGCGCGACGUUCGAGGCUGCGGUCAGACGUCGCCACGCGAUCUGGAGGAACUCGAUCGCGUCCAAGCCGGCGUCACAAUCGGCAGCAACGGAGGCAAAUACCGACGCAUGGCAGCGAGUGUGGGAGACAUGAGCUCAGGCAACGGUCGUAUUUACAGCAACGGUUCCUAUGCUAAUGGAAGAAAACGAUCGUGGUUUAAAGGAAACGAUUCAGCAACCGUGGAUUCCACAACAAACGGGAAAUCUUCAUUAUUCAACACCAUGGGUAACAAAAGCAGUUGCUCGUCGUCAUCCCUGUUUCCUAACAGCGGUACUGGGUUCAACAUCAAUUCAACAAACAUGCCCACGUCAUCUCUGAAUCAACACAACAACAGUCUAUGGAACAGGAGGCGUACCAACAGUACCACAAACCUCCCCUCGUCUGCCUCGGGAGACAACGGUCUUCCCUCAUCGGCGUCGGGGUCUCCCAGCAGAAUUUUCUUCGCUAACGGAUCGCUGAGGAGCGCCGCGGACGAAGAUGCCGAUAGACCGGUGCGCGGCUCCUCUACAAGCCCUCGCACUCCCCACAGUCGCGGCUUCUGGCUCCAGCACCCAGACGACAUCCACCAACAGUGGGUCAAAACUGAGACCCCCGACACACAAACCCCCUGUGCCACGUCUGACUCUGACGUCUCAACGCUCACGUGGCCUCGAGGAACUUCUUUAUCCUCAGGAGGAAGAAGCACUCCCGCUGGGGACUUGAGACUUGCUGGGGAAGUCGAGGAAGAAUCUCAGCCAAAGACUCAUGAUAGAACUGAAGCUCCUGCGACCUUGCCUCGCGUCUUCAAGAGUCAAGCAACAUGGAUUCGUUCUCCAGAAUCUAAAAGCGAUGCAGCACCAAGUUUCGCAACCAUUCCUAGACAGGCGGUGCAGAUGUCGAGCGAUGGUGGUGGCACGGCUGUGAGUGAUGGAGAAGGUGGUGGAGUGAUGGAUUUUAAACAACGCAUUCAGCGCUACCAGCCCAACCAUAGCAAACACAAGCCUGACAACGUGCGGGUGGCUCAGGACAACGACCACACGAGCAGCACCUCGCAAGAGACUCAUCAACAGCAGCAACUCCUGAAACAGAGUCAACAAAUCACAUCAUCGUGUCAACAGCAGCAGACACAAGACCAGCUUCAGCAACACUCCGUCUCUAUGUCCAAUCUGAGCAAACUCAAGUCUUCCAUGUCUGAAAUGAAGUCCAGCAUUGAUGAGAUGACCUCGAGUAACAGCGCCUUCAGCUGCUCAUCAAACAUCCAGCAAGCCUCCAGCUCAGUCCAGUCGUCUAGCCAGUCCAAAAUACAGUCCUCGAGCCAAUCUGCUUUAAGUUCGUCAAAUCUGAAAGCAUCUCAGUCCACAACGGCUCUGAAAUCUUCAAAUAUCUCCUCCUCUUCAUCCAAGUCUGUCGAAUCCAAAUCCAUAAAUGCUCUUCAGUCAAAUUUUAAGAAUUUCGGUUCAUCUGAAAAACUUGCUGAAUUUGGCUUGAGUAAAGAUAAAUUUGCGCUUCAAAAUGACCAGUUCGACGAGAACCAACUUAUAGAAUUCAAGGACCCGGGAGAGCUGCUGCUGCAGGACUCCGAAGGACUUCUGGCUGACUGCGACCAACCGCAGCUUGACCAGCUGGGCUCCUCCUCUGGCAUCAACGGCGCCGGGGUCACCACCUUCGAGCAGAAGAAAGUCACGUCCAGCUCUAAAAGAAAGGUUACAACGGAUAACAACUGCUUCGAGUCAGCGUCCGGGUCGUCGAGUCAGUCAACGCGCGUGCAGGCCGGCGACGUAACCUACUCGGAGUGUCAGCAGCAGGCCGCCGCCCGCAGCAAGAUGGAGAAGGAUGGUGUCACUGAGGAGAAAGAGGCCGCAUUACAACAGGAGGCCCGACAACUGAAGGCAGGUGAUGACAUCACUCACACGGAGGGCUCGCAGAAGAUGGGCGCGAGUGUGCGCGUCACGGGCCAGGACUUCAGCUCCCACAAGUCGGCGGUGUCGGAGGCACAGCAGCGGCGCACCGUCACCCCAGCGGGAACCAUCAGCGCCGAGAACUCCAGGAAGCUCUCCAAGUCUGGCCUCACCAUCACCACCAAGGGCGUUUGCACCAAGCAGAGUUCCUCGAUGUCUAGUUCUGAGAGCAACAUCAGUGUGAGUGGUUUCGAGGACUUUGACCUAGGCGGUGCCAUGCAGCCCAUGGAUGUCCAAAAUGCCAUCAUGAAAUACUCGGGCGUUAUGACAAAAUUCGUAGACCAGCUGAAGACAAUGUCGCUAGAUGGCGUCGUAAAGGCCGCCCCCACGCUGCUCGACCAUAUGAACGACAUGAUGAAGCGUGCCUGGUCCGUGCCCACAUAUGGACAUGAACUCGGCUACUCACUCUGCAAUGUACUCAAAAACAACGGAGGCUUGGAUAUCUUACUGGAAAAUUGCACGUCGAAGGAUUCCAAGUUAAAGUUCUCCUCGGCUAAAGUUUUAGAGCAGUGCUUGACAACCGAAAAUCGAGGUUACGUUGUUGAAAAGGGGUUGGAAAAUGUGGUAAAUGUUGCAUGUGAUUGCACGCAAGACAAUCGAUCAAUGGAACAGUCGAGGGUAGGAACCGGCAUCUUGGAGCAUUUGUUUAAGCACAGCGAAGGCACUUGUUCUGACAUCAUCAGGAUGGGCGGCUUGGAGGCUGUUGUUAGAGAAUGUCGAAAGAAAGAUGUUGAAACUCUCCGUCACUGUGCCGGAGCCUUGGCCAACCUUUCGCUUUAUGGUGGCUCGGAGAACCAGCAAGCAAUGGUUCAGCGACAAGUUGCUAUCUGGUUAUUCCCUCUCGCGUUCCACGAUGACGACAAUAUAAAGUACUAUGCUUGCCUCGCUAUAGCAGCUCUCGUGGCGAACGCCGAGAUCGAAGCGCAGGUUUUGAAAGCUGAUACAUUAAGUCUCAUUGAGCCUUUCGUUAACAGUCAUUUACCGGAAGAAUUUGCCAACUCGACUGUGGCUCACAGACACGGUCAGUCUCGGGACUGGCUUGAGCGACUUGUUCCGGUGCUGAGUAGCAAGAGAGAAGAGGCGAGAAAUCUGGCAGCCUUCCACUUCUGCAUGGAGGCGGGCAUUAAGAAGAACCAAGGAAAUAUUGAAAUAUUCCGCGAGAUAGACGCAAUAGAACCUUUGAAAAAAGUAGCCAGUUCACCGAAUGCCAUCGCUAGCAAAUAUGCGGCACACGCGCUGCGUCUGAUGGGCGAGGAAGUGCCACACAAGCUGUCCCAGCAAGUGCCCUUAUGGCAAGCAACUGACGUCCAAGAGUGGGUAAAACAAAUCGGAUUUAGCCAAUACGCUGACGCGUUCAUUGCUUCCCGAGUUGACGGUGACUUGUUAUUACAAAUCGGGGAGGACAAUCUAACGUAUGACAUAGGUAUUACCAACGGCAUUUUACGACAGCGCUUUUUAAGAGAACUCAAACGGCUUCGGCAAAUUACAGACUAUAGCUCCAAGGACCCCACCGGCCUCAAUUCUUUUAUGCUACAGCUCGGUCCUGAGUUCGCUGAGUACACAUACAAGAUGCUCCUCUCGGGUGCCACAAAGAAUACUUUAAGGUUCCUGACGGAUGAGCAGCUUGCGUCAGAGUGCGGCAUUGUGAAUAGCAUCCACAGACAGCGAUUAAAAGAAGGCGUUAUAGUGUACGAGAAGUGCAGAAAGAUCGUAAAGAAUAAAAAAAAUGAGGCGAGCACUCUGCAAGACUCCACUCAGCUCGACAAAACAUUGGAUGUGUUCAUCAGCUACAGGCGCUCCAACGGAUCUCAGCUUGCUAGCUUGCUGAAAGUACACAUGCAGCUCAAGGGCUUCUCAGUCUUCAUCGACGUGGAGCGUCUCGAGGCUGGCAAGUUCGAUAACAACCUCCUGGGCUCCAUUAGGCAGGCACGCAACUUCUUGUUGGUGCUCACCCCCAGCGCCCUGGACAGAUGCUUGGGCGACCACGACUGCAAAGACUGGGUCCAUAAGGAAAUCGUAGCGGCGCUGGACUCAGGCUGUAAUAUCAUCCCAAUCAUCGAUAACUUCCACUGGCCGGAGCCUGAGCAGCUGCCCGACGACAUGCGUGCCGUGUGUUACUUCAACGGCGUCAGAUGGAUCCACGACUACCAGGAUGCGUGCGUAGACAAGUUGGAGCGCUUCAUGCGGGGCGAGGGCAGCCUGCGCGGCGAACCUCCGGGCUCCCUCGGCCGCUACCAGUCCACGACGAUGCUCACGCAGCCCGGCACUCCGUCCCCCCUGCCGCGAGUUCAGCCUGUGUACCAACGCACGACCAGCACAGAGUCCGGCAAGGGGUCUUCCUGCUCCGACAAGGACUUCACUGGCAAAGAUUGACGGGGCGAACCUGCACUGAACGCGAGGCUACCACACAAGAGAGCGAUAGUCCCACCUGGCAGCCCCCGGUCGGGCUCCCCUAAGCGGUGGGGAGCUGGAGGAAGCAGCCCGAUCUUGCCCGCCAGAUCACACCACAUCGGCCGGAGCAUCCU